AUGGACGCUGUCCCUCCCUUCCGCGAUAUAACUCUUCUCGCCAUUCCAGCUAUAGCCAGUCCCCUCAGUCACGAACAUUCCUCUUGUCCUGAAUACGACCGAAUCUCCAACAAGCUUUUCCGCCCAGCGCCACCAGCCCGUCUAACCUUUUCCUGCCGGGUGCGCCUUUGCGAUCCUGAUUGCCUCGUCGACGUCAUCCAGCAAUUCCUUUCUCCUUUUGCGUGCAGGGUCCUUCUGGGGAUCGAGAUGAGGCAACGUAUGCGCGUAGGCGCUGUAGCCGAAGUAGACGAGAUCCGCGAGGACUGCGUCUUCUAUGCUGUUUGCUCUGAUAACCUUACGGAGGCUUGUAAAGUCAUGGUUCUUGCUGAGCUUUUUGCGUGCCUGACGGUUGAGUUGGUGGAAGUUGAUAGGCGUAGGGGCUGUUAUGCUCGCGCUAGCUAUCGGAGGCUGCGGAAUCCCGAUCAAAUGUGCGACGGUCGCAGUGGAAGUCAUCUUGAGAGUGUUAACUUGAGUUGA